AAUAACGAACCAUUAAGUCAGUCAUCAUUUGCUUCGAGUGCUUAUCACCAAAUUGAUCCCAAUUCGACCAAACAUUCACUACACGACAAGCGAUCGAUACGAACGAUUCAUUUAUUAGACAAGUCAUCCACUUAUCCGCCAUUCGUUAUGGAUAUGACAUACGUUACCGAAAGGAUUAUCGCGCUCACAUUUCCCGAGUCGGGAACAUCGGGUACAUACCGGGCUAACCUGAAAGAUGUGGUACAGAUGCUGAGGACUAAACAUAAGAGCAAAUACAUGGUCUUCAAUCUGAGUGAACGCCGACACGAUCUCGUCAAACUGAACCCUAAUAUCUGUGAGUUUGGUUGGCACCAGAACUUAGCGCCGCCGCUGGAAAGGCUGUGCGCCAUAUGUAAGGCCAUCGACUCGUGGCUCACGUGCGACCCGCAGCACGUGGCGGUCAUCCACUCCAAGGGCGACAACGGGAGGACAGGUGUGGUGAUCGCCGCGUUCAUGCACUACACGGACAUCUGCGCCACCGCUGACCAGGCGCUCGACCGGUUCGCUAUGAAACGCUUCUACGACGACAAGUUGGAUCAGUUCAUGCAGCCAUCGCAGAAAAGAUAUAUUCAGUACUUUUCUGGACUGCUUUCUGGUGGCAUCAAAAUGAAUAACAGCCCCCUAUUCCUGCACCACAUUAUCAUUCACGGGAUACCAAACUUUGACCAAAGAGGCGGCUGUCGGCCCUUCCUUAAGAUAUACCAAGGAAUGCAAACCAUUCACAGGACAGGCAUCUAUUCGUCGGAUAACCGGACAAAACGGAUAUUUAUUUUAUUGAAUCCAAGUCUUCAAAUGAGAGGCGAUAUUCUUAUAAAAUGUUACCACAGAAGACAGACCCCGGGAAGGGAUUCCAUAUUUCGGAUCCAAUUCCACACCUGCACUCUAGAGCACGACCGGCUUGUCUUCAAUAAAGACGAGUUGGACGACGCUAUCAAUGACUUCCGGUUCCCAAACGACGGUUUCGUUGAAUUCUUGUUCAAGACUUCCGGUGACUUUCGGCCCCAAAACGGUUCAGUGACCGAUUCAAUCACUCCUAUCAUGGAUGAGGCGCUACACGACUCGAUCGUCAAAUGGGAUUCCUAUGAGAACUUUGAUUUGGCGCCAGAAGACAAACCCGACCCUCUAUUGGACGCCUUCGCCGCCGAACUCAACAAUCCGUCGCAUACUUACGGCCCGAUCGAUGGGAGUCUUUACGCAACGGUCGCCAAACCCGGGCCCAAGAAAUCUCCGGUCACUUUCUCACUGCCAAACAACGGACACACAGACAAUGCCAGCGAUGACGGGCCACACACUGUCAGCAUCGACUCCGGCAUCUCGUCCACUGUGUCCGGUCAUCCUCAUCAUCACAAUCCCACACACACUGGAAAUACAAACGGGGGUUCAGGCGGUUCAAGCGGUUAUCCCUCUCCCAUCAACGUUGAAGUAGAAGUGCAUCACCAGAAUGGCGAAGAUAGACAUCAUAACAAGCCCUCCACUCAAGAGCAGCAUGAGUUGGAUGAGCUGUUGAGUGGAAUGUUGGAACAGAUCCAAUCGCUUCCAGAUCAUCCCAGCGCUACAAUUGCCCGCAAAGCCUCUACAAUAAGUCAGGACUCAUCUCCCAGUGCUCACCAAUACUCGUCAAUAUCGCGAACACCGACCACUAGUUUCAGCCAAAAUCCAAGUGAUUACAGUUCACCCAAAACACUAUACAAUGGAAACCCGAGCGGAGGCCAAACCACUAGUCCUGAUGUAAUCCAAACCCGUUUCCUAACGAAACCUAUUUCUCAGAGCAGUUCUGACGAGAAGAAGCCAUAUCGCACUCCGCCCGGCGGUCAGCCCUUCUCUUACGGAGUGACCGCCAGUUCCCCAGCCCUUCAACGACGUCGAGUGUUCUCCGAGUCGACCGCAUAUGUGACCGAAAAUCUUGUGCCAAAAGCGGUGGCCGACCACGAGAUACGAGACACGGAUGACGUGUUCAGUGAUUACGCCUCGUCUUCAUAUCAGGAGACGUACAGCGAAGACGGAACGCCUCUCACUUGGCUUCAGAGGCAACAAAUGAAGCUCAAGACUAAACACGAGGGGAAGGGUAUGCAGGAAAGGCAUUGGAAGGAACAACGAGUAAUUCAGGAGUUGAAAAGUGUGGCCAAACGCAUACCAUCGGAAGACUCGUCUCGAGAAUCGUCGCCACCGUAUUCACAGCCCCUACACAUCAACACUAACGGCAAGUCCUCGACCUACAGGGGAAGCACUCCGUCAUCUCCUUUCAUACCGGCGCGCACUUCGAGUAAAAAUGUUUGGCAAACACCCGGCCGUCCGGUUCAGCGCCAGAAGUCGGACAACUCGUACGAUAGGGAACGACCGUUCGUUGCCGUCCAGAGAGCGCAUCAGACGGCCCAACAGGAGGUGUCGAGUCCGCAACAAAUGGCUGCCUCGCCGUCGCUGUACGGAAGUGUCUAUCCUUAUAGUCAACAUCACGUAUAUAUGCCGAACGCCAGGGACGGCCUUCUCAUGCAAACACAUGGCAUGGAUGAAGUGGAUUCUGUGCGACCCAAACACUCUACUCCUUCCUAUAAAAGCGCUACCGUUGAAGCACCGACUUCUUGGUCGCCGUCAUUUGUAAGUAGCAGUAGUCCUAACUCUGACAGACCAUCAACGCCAGGAUUCCCGAUAAUUCCGGGCACGCCGUACGUGAAUCAGGCGUCCCGGAGUCCACCUCUUUUCAGGAAAGGAAAUCAAAGUCCUUUACCAAUGAAUGGACAAAAAGAUCCCGAAUCGCCCGCAGGUUCUAUAUAUUACGGUCAGUCCCAGCGAUCGAGUCUAUUAUCUCUGAACGACUCGGAAGUGAUAACACAGCACCCGAUCUUCAUAAGAGAUACUUCCAGUUAUUGGUAUAAACCAAACAUCUCUAGAGAAGAUGCCAUAAGUAUGUUACGAGAUAAAUCCAGUGGCACAUUCAUAGUACGGGACAGUCAUUCAUUUCCGGGUGCUUUUGGUUUGGCGCUCAAAGUCGCGACACCCCCUCCUAAUGUCCAAACAAAAACAGGGGACAUAUCCAGCGAAUUAGUGCGCCAUUUCCUAAUUGAACCCACGCCUAAAGGUGUUAGGCUUAAAGGCUGUCCCAAUGAGCCCACAUUUGGCAGUCUCUCUGCACUGGUAUACCAACACUCAGUCACACCGAUGGCACUGCCCUGUAAACUAAUUAUACCCGAUUCCGAUCCGUCGGGUGAGCCCACAGUGGACUCAAUCAUAAGCAGUUUAGGGACUGAAUCGCCGGCUAAUAUCCUAUCAGAAGGCGCCGCCUGUAAUGUACUGUAUUUGGUGACCGUCGACAUGGAAUCGCUGACCGGACCGCAGGCCCUGCGGAAGGCUAUUAGGGAAUUGAUGGCAAUGAAACCACAGCCCAUGCCAACCAUUGUUCACUUUAAGGUGUCUAAUAAAGGAGUCACACUUACGGAUAAUAAUCACAGACUAUUUUUCCGACGCCAUUACCCGCUCAUAUCAAUAAGUUUUUGCGGAAUAGAUCCCGACUGUAGACAAUGGAAACAUGAAUUCGAGGGAAUUCCCUUACCAUCUGGCGAUUGUAUCUGCUUUGGGUUCGUUGCGCGCAAAACUGGUAGCAAAACCGACAAUCAGUGUCAUGUGUUCGCUGAGUACGACGUCGACCAACCGGCCUCUGCUAUCGUUAACUUUGUCAACAAAGUUAUGGCAACGAAUCCAACACAACACAGACCUAAUCUAUUGUAGUGACACAAUAGACACAACACCGCGAAGUUGUCGUCAGACACAUGAAAAGAAAGCACAGAAUCUCUCUCAGAGGGAAUUACCCCCUCUUAACCAGACAUGUCAUGAUAAUUGAGUGAUGAGAACAAACUAAAGCCACGAAAUAAAACGGAUGCCCUUCGGAGUGCAGCUCGAAGUGUUUGUGUCAUAACAGCACCCAAUGAACCAGAAUAUUAACAUUUCAAUAUAUAUUUGUGUAUAAACUAAAUGCAUACAAACCAAACAAAAAAGUGCCUAAAAUUUAAAUUAAUGUUGAAUUUUACUCGAAAUCGUUAUAAGAAAAUAAAUAUGUGAUUAAUAUAUAUAUAAAUAUUAUAAAUACAGAGAGUAUAUCACAACAAAUGCAAUAUAAUUAUCAUUUAUUUAUCCAUCCCUUUCCCCCAUUCAUAAACUUAUUAGUAAAGAAUAUAUUCAUUACUUAAUGAUAACUUUUUAUCAUCAUUUUCACCACCUUUAGCUUCAAAUUGUAUUCCCUUUUUUGACAAUUUAUUUGUAAAAUAACUAAUUUAAUCAAAUUUUUGUCCAGUAAUUAUAAUUAUUGUUAAUAACUUUUUAAUUCACUAUUAUUAUAUUUUGUUGGUUUUAUGAUUUUAUAAAUUAAACUGUUUGAUGUGUGAGUUAUUAUAGCCCCCCAAAACACAACCCACUAUCUAUAUGUUCACCCUUCUCCUUUUUGUUCUCUAUUUCUAGUCAUUUAAAUAACUAAUGAAUUGAUCAAUUAUACUAUUUUAAACUGUAUGUCAAUUAUUUUUUAUUUUAAAUAACACUAUGAUGAACAAUGUUGGAAGUUUUAUAACAUUAGGGAAAAUUACUACAAUAAAUCAAAUAAUGUUUUAGAGAUACUAUAACUUUCUAAUUAAUAGUUUUAAUUUAAAUACAAA